GUAGCAGCAGUGUCCGCUCUGUUGUUAUUUUUCCCCUGUAGCUCAGAAACACAAAUGCUAACAGGCUAAACCGUUUGUUUCAACGUUAAACAUCGUUCCUUCAUCGUUCAUCAGUCGUCAUUUAGAACAAGAUACGCGUCUAAAGCUUGACUUGUCACGACCCAGUGUCAGUCUAGUAAUGGACUCGGACGAGGGUUACAAUUAUGAAUACGACGAUGAGGAGGAGGAGUGCAGCGAGGACAGCGCUGAGGAAGAAGCCGAGGACGACACAUUGGAGCUGGGCGAGGUGGAGUUGGUCGACCCGGUGGUGGCAGGCGGAGACCGGGAUGAAUGCGGGGAGACUGGAGGCAGCGGCCUUGGCCCGGGGCAUGAAGAAGAGGACUAUCGGUUUGAAGUCCUCACUGCCGAGCAGAUCCUCCAGCAUAUGGUCGAAUGCAUUAGAGAGGUCAACGAGGUCAUCCAGAAUCCUGCAACAAUAACAAGAAUACUGCUUAGUCAUUUCAACUGGGACAAGGAGAAGCUUAUGGAAAGGUACUUUGAUGGUAACCUGGAUAAGCUGUUUUCUGAGUGUCAUGUCAUAAACCCCAGUAAAAAAUCCAGGACGCGCCUCAUGAACACACGAUCAUCAGCUCAGGACAUGCCAUGUCAGAUCUGCUAUCUGAACUACCCUAAUUCAUACUUCACCGGUCUGGAAUGUGGGCACAAGUUCUGCAUGCAGUGCUGGGGUGACUACUUAACCACCAAAAUCAUAGAGGAAGGAAUGGGCCAGACCAUCUCCUGUCCUGCACAUAGUUGUGACAUCCUAGUUGAUGACAACACAGUCAUGCGACUGAUAACAGAUUCAAAAGUAAAGUUGAAGUACCAACAUUUAAUAACAAAUAGUUUUGUAGAGUGCAAUCGACUGUUAAAAUGGUGUCCUGCUCCAGACUGCCAUCAUGUAGUCAAGGUUCAGUACCCUGAUGCCAAGCCUGUCCGCUGCAAGUGUGGCCGGCAGUUCUGCUUUAACUGUGGAGAAAACUGGCACGAUCCAGUGAAGUGCAAGUGGUUGAGGAAAUGGAUCAAAAAGUGUGAUGACGACAGCGAGACGUCCAACUGGAUUGCAGCCAACACUAAGGAAUGUCCCAAAUGCCAUGUGACCAUAGAGAAGGAUGGUGGCUGCAACCACAUGGUUUGUCGAAACCAGAACUGCAAAGCAGAGUUCUGCUGGGUCUGUUUAGGCCCGUGGGAACCUCACGGAUCUGCCUGGUACAACUGCAAUCGCUAUAAUGAGGAUGAUGCCAAGGCAGCUAGGGAUGCACAAGAGCGGUCUAGAGCAGCCUUGCAGAGAUACCUGUUCUACUGCAACCGCUACAUGAACCAUAUGCAGAGCCUGCGCUUUGAGCACAAGCUGUACGCCCAGGUCAAGCAGAAGAUGGAGGAGAUGCAGCAGCACAACAUGUCUUGGAUCGAGGUGCAGUUCCUAAAGAAGGCUGUAGACGUGCUGUGCCAGUGCCGCUCCACGCUUAUGUUCACUUACGUCUUUGCCUUCUACCUCAAGAAAAACAACCAGUCCAUUAUCUUUGAGAACAACCAGGCUGACCUAGAGAACGCCACCGAGGUGCUGUCUGGAUACCUUGAACGAGACAUUUCCCAGGAUUCUCUGCAGGAUAUCAAGCAGAAAGUACAAGACAAAUACAGAUACUGUGAGAGCAGAAGGCGAGUUCUGUUGCAGCACGUGCAUGAAGGCUACGAGAAGGACCUGUGGGAGUAUAUCGAGGAUUGAGGGAGCGUCCUCUCACAACAGACUCUGAGAGUGCCUCCACCAACUAGAGCGCUGAUGCAAUUGAACCCGGGCAGCGGAAGCUUCGGCUGCCGUCCUUCCCCUCUCUCUGCAUCCCACCCACGUUCGUUUUUUUAAGCCCCAGUGGCUUGUUUUGUUUUCAUACAAAGUAAAUUAUAUUUAAAUGAAAAAGGUAGGAUAUUGAAAAUAAAAUCAUGUGUACAGCAGUAUUGUUAACAGUGUGAUCAAGCAAGAAGACUGAGAUCCGACUUGCGCAGACAGACUAACAUCCUGUCUUGCCGAGUAUUUAUUGUAACAUCUUAUUUUCUCCCUGUUUUUUUUUUUCUCUCGUUUAUUUUAUAUUGGCCUGUGUGUCUGUGUGUACUGUAUGUGUGUGGGCAAUGGAUUUUUACUCAAAAUGGCUUUAAUUGUCCUGACCAUGUCCUUCGGCAUGUCUGGGUGGCUGAAUGUUGGUAGUCUGAGAACUGAUGAGGUUUUUUAUUUAAAGGAAAUGAAAAGUUAGUGACAAAAAACAACAAAAAGAGCAAAUUGGUAUUUUUAAAUCUGUACAUAGUGCAUAUGCAUGGGAAUUAAAGAACAGGAGUGGCACAUGUUUGCAUACUUUUUACAUUUAAGGAUAUAUUUAUUCUUUACAAAUAUUCUAGGGGAAAAGACAGAUAUAUAUUUGCUGUGUAGAUUGAGAUUCCUCCAUGCAUUUGUUCAGACAUAGGAUUUUUGACCCAAAGCAGGAGUUAAACUGAUUAGCUUUCCUUUUCUCCCCCCAGACAAGUACGUCACUGUAGGAGACUGAUGACUGAACUCUGCCAAAUAAACUGCAGUAUAUGCCAAGGAAUAGAGUUUCACUCACUGCAAACCUAAAUAGCUUCAAAAUUCAUCAGCUGACUUGCUUUAUUCUGACAGCUCUUUAAAAUACAUAAAAUAUGCAGACGUACACUGAUCAGUCAUAAAAUUAAAACCACCUCCUUGUUUCUACACUAUCAGCUCCACUUACCACAUAGAAGCACUUUGUAGUUCUACAAUUACUGAAUGUAGUCCAUCUAUUUGUCUACAUACUGUGUUGGC